CUGCUGUCCUUAACCAGAGUCAUCAUGCCUCGCGGUCAGAAGAGUAAGCUCCGUGCCCGUGAGAAACGUCGCCAGGCCCGAGGUGACGCCCACAGUGUCCAGGGUGCUCAGGCCACUGCAGCAGAGGAAGAGUCCCCCUCCUCUUCCUCUCCUCCUUUUGGGGAGUCUCCCCCGAGCUCCCCUGCUGCUGGCGUUUCCCAGGGGCCUCAGAGCAUCCCGCCCACCACCACUGCUGCUGCAGGUGCUUCGGGCACAGGAGCUGCUGGAGGGGCCGAGGGCCAAGAUGAGGGAGGUCCAGGUUCCUCUGAGGCCCCAGGCCCCACUGAGAGGCCUCAGAAAGAUCCCUUAUCAAGGCAGGCGGGUAUGUUGAUGCAGUUCCUGCUGCACAAGUAUAGAAUGAAAGAAUCCCUUACGAAGACAGAGAUGAUGAAAAGUAUCGGCAAAAAGUACAAGCAGCACUUCCCUGAGAUCCUGAGGAGAGCAGCUGAACGGGUGGAGCUGGUCUUUGGCCUUGACCUGAAGGAAGUGGAUCCCAGCAGUCAAACCUAUGCCCUUGUCAGCAAACUACACAUCACCAACGAAAACGCUAUGAAUGAUGGUGGCGAGUUUCCGAAGAAUGGGCUCCUGAUGCCUCUUCUGGGCGUGAUCUUCAUGAAGGGCAACCGGGCCACUGAGGAGGAGAUCUGGGAAUUCCUGAAUAUUUUGGGGGUCUAUGAUGGGAGGAGGCACUUAAUCUAUGGGGAGCCCAGGAAGCUCAUCACCAAAGAUUUGGUGCAGGAAAAGUACCUGGAGUACCGGCAGGUACCCAACAGUGAUCCUCCACGCUAUGAAUUCCUGUGGGGUCCCAGAGCCCAUGCUGAAACCAGCAAGAUGAAGGUGCUGGAAUUUGUGGCCAAGGUCAAUGAUACAGUCCCCAGUGCCUUCCCUUUGCAGUAUGAAGAGGCUUUGAGAGAUGAGGAAAGGAGAGCCCGAGCCCGAGCUGCAGCCAGGGCUGCAAGGGCCAGUGCACAUUCCAGAGCCACAUCCAGCACCUCUUCCCACCCCUAGUCAAGUCUAAGGCAGAUGAUUCACUUUGUGGUUCAAAAUAAAAGUCAGAUUUCUAAGUAGUGGUAGGCUAAGGUUGGGCUGG